AUGUCGCAGACAAAUAAUGAAAGUAUACCGAAAUUCAAAAGCUUCCGGCCGAAGCCUACCACCACUAUCAGCCAUACGCCUCCAAUCGAUGACCGCCGAUCUGCUCUGAGCUCAGUCCCGGACAGUGGGAACGCAUCUGAAGAUCGUGACCACGGAAGGCAUAGACAUGAGAGGAAAUCGCACAAGAGAAAACGAAGCCGAGAUCACCACGACCGUCACAGACGUCGCCAGAGACGCCCAAGAAGUGAUGAUCAUGCGCUCAUCGAAUCCCAGCAGCCAUUCUCUUCGGAGCCCGUCAUUUUACCCUGGGACGACAGUCCAGAUAUUUUCGUUAUCGAUCGCAGGGGAGACCCAAGCAAUUUGACGUUUGGCACUAUUCAUCGAUACAACAUUCCGGCGUACCAUCGUUUUGGUUAUGGCGGCAUCCUUGGUCUUUCCCGGGAGAAGCGAAUCUUAUGGGACGACAGUUCUGACAAAGGCAUCAUCAUUGGGAAGGGAGGGAAUUCGGGAUAUGGGAAGAGAGAGAAAUAUGUCUUUGCCAGAAAUGAGCGCAAACCCAUUAGAAAACUGCGUAUUCGGCCCUCGAAUGACACGAGUGUGACUACCGCAUUUGAAGCAAGCGAGGAUUUUGUAUCUCUUUCUCGGAUCCCUGCUCUCGAAAAGAAAGUGGAAUAUAAUGGAGAAGGAGAUUUUGAAUCAGAAGAUGAUUCACAGAAUUAUCGUUCUAUUGAGGGGAAAACGAAACUUAAAGACCGACCCGUUGACCGAGACCUCGAGUACAUGUCUGAUAGCAGCGCCUCGGACUACGAAGGUGGAAAUAUUUUCGACUUAGAUAACGUGCAUAAGCAACGUGCUAUCGAGUUAUCUCGGAAAGUCGACUCCGAGCCCACCAAUGUUGAAGCAUGGCUGGACCUGAUUAAUCAUCAAGACCAGCUGCUUGAGGCAAGAAAUGGGGCUGAACGGCGGAAAGUCACGUCUGCCGAGCAAAAGAGUACAGCAGACAUUAAAUUAUCGAUGUACGAGAAGGCUCUGGCGUCAUUGGGCAAAACGCACAAAGGUCGCGAAACCUUACUGCUCGGCCUGAUGGAAGAGGGGUCGAAACUUUGGGAUACCAAAAAGCUCGCCGUCAAGUGGAAAAAUGUGAUGCGUGAGAAUCCCGGGUUCCUUGGCCUCUGGACCAAGUACCUUGACUUUCAGCAAACGAAUUUUGUGGUUUUCAAAUAUCAGGAUUGCGUGGAUGUCUAUGCGGACUGUUUAAGGGCAACCAAAGGGGCUGUAACUGCAGACCCACAUACGACUCAAAUCUUGCAUGAGCUAGGGAUUAUACAGAUAUAUAUUGUACUGCGUUUUACUCUCUUCAUGCGUGAGGCUGGAUAUUCAGAGCUUUCUUUGGCAAUCUGGCAAGCGCUGCUCGAGUACAACUACUUCACGCCAAAGCAGUAUGCAUCAAAAACUAGAGACAACAAGGACGGGUUAAGAACCGCUCGUUUCGCUUCCUUCCAAGCUUUCUGGGAAAGCGAAGUGCCCCGAAUUGGGGAGCCAGACGCACAGGGUUGGGCGCACUUUGACGAGAAUCCAGGAAACGCCCCGGAACCCCGAGAAGACACCAUUCAGCUCGAAAUCGAUGACACGGAUAUCUUUCAGAGUUGGGCAAAAGGUGAACAAAUCUACCAACUUAAGUCCAAAGAGCCGGCUCGCACCAUUGACGAAGUUGAAGAAGAUGAUCCUUAUCGCGUAAUUUUGUUUUCAGAUGUGCAAGAAUGUCUGAUAUUCUUUGCCGAGGACAAGCAUCGUACAUUGUUACUGGAUGCGUUUUUGGAAUACUGCCAAAUGCCCCCGCUUCAAUUGAAUAGCGGAAGCCAGCAUGUCACCUGGAAACGAGAUCCCUACAUUCGCAAUGAACUGUUAGCACAGCCAGAGGAGAGUAAUUCAUACUGGUCUUAUCAACUGGGACGCGAUGAGACCGCAAAAACCCUUUCCGGGCUGGGCAACAAUGGUUUGGAAGAAACAAGGAUUGCCAGUAAUAGGGAUAUCUUCCUGUUCACUGCGCAUUCUUUUGAAAAGUCCUUGGAUACAUUAUUCGCCAAAGAGGAUAGCCCAUUUAAGCUGUUCAACAGUUGGGAGGUUUCAUAUCCGCGAGAUAGAGGGCCAGUGAACAUUGACUGGUUCCGCGCGGCCUUGAGAAGCUUGAUAGACGCAUGCGCUGACAAUGAAGAUUUGGCCGAAUACUACCUUGGUUUCGAGUGGCGGUAUUAUCCUCAAAGCGCUAAGAAGACAGCCAAGUCACUGCUAAAAAGGCGUCCUUCAAGCCUUCGUCUUUACAACGCCUACGCUCUCAUGGAAUCAAAAUCGAACAACGCUAGUGUGGCAGACCGCAUCUUCAGCACAGCCAUUGGAAUGGCUCAAACUCUCGGCGAGGCUGGACAGCAAACGGUCCUUCUACUCUGGCGUAGUUGGAUAUGGGAAGCGUUCCAAGCGGGUGACCACCGCACAGCUCUGCAUCGAAUACUAUCCAUUCCCGAGAACAAAUUGAUCGAGAAAUUCAAUACAACCGACAAUGACGCGGCACCGAGCAUGAAGGUUCUCCUGGCAGCUCAGCCUGCCGCUUUGCUCAAAGCACAAAGGUACCUCGCCUCUUCACGAGACCACGCCCUCACACUCCGUCACACCUGCAACGUUGUACUUUCAAUCGAGUGUCUCGCCCUCCUGCGAUACAUUUCCACCAACCUCUCCCUCUCUGCCGCAUUAUCCACAUAUGAGGAAGCAUUCAGCUUAAUAUCCUCCAAUUACGCACACAUUGCCACGUCACCUGCAUUCGAACUUCUCCAUCAAUCUCAAGCAUUUCUUCUCCACCACCACACUCAGCAUACACAUCUCUACAAGCCAGCAGAUAUUCGAUCUGCCCUCGCCAAAUCCCUUGCCAUUUUCCCACACAACACCAUCUUGCUCACCCUCCACACAUACCACUCGGCACAUACCCUUCCUACGGACGAGACUCGCUCGCUCGUUCACCAGCCCUUGUCCUCGCCCUCUCCCCCUGCAGUCACCGAGUGGUUCUUCAAGAUCUGGGCAUCUCUCGUCCGCCGCCGUCAGGGCCAAGCAACAGCAACUUCCGCGUCAACGGCGCACACCACGCGCGCUGUCUUCGAGCACGCAGUCAACAGUCCGACAGGCUGUCCCAGCGCUGCGCUCUGGCGUUUAUACAUUUCUUUUGAGAUCCACGAAGACAUGCAUGCGCAAGAUUUGUAUAAUCGCGUGCAGAAAUCGAGGCAUGGCCUCGAAGACUCAGCGGCUGCUCAAAGUUCUUCCCACUCAUCAAAAUCCCGCUCGUCUUACCGUUCCCGCAAAGCGCCUCCACCUCCGCCAGCCCGCGCACCCGAUGUGCUGUAUCGCGCCAUCCGCGCAUGUCCGUGGGCCAAACCCCUCGUCAUGCUGGCCUUUACCAAUCGCCAUCUUCGCGAAACAUUAGGUUUCGAAGCCUUGCGCGGCUUAUACCGCGUUCUCAGCGAAAAAGAGUUGCGCGUCCAUGUCGAUCUGGAAGACGUAUUGGAACGAUAUGAUGAGCGUGUGAAUGAAGCUAGAGAGCUAGUGGCAAAGUCCCGAGCGGAAUUGGACGGGCAUCACUCAAAUGGUCGUGGAGUCAGGACGUCCCACUGGAAGGACGAUGAGGGAGAGAAUAACUGGGAGUAA